AUGAAAAAUGUUAUUGAAUCAAAAAAACUUCAACAUAGUAUUCAAUUACUUAAAAUUGAAUUAAAUCAACGUGAUCUUUUAAUACAAAAUUUAAAAAUUCAACAUGAAGAAAAAUGUGAAGAUUUACAAGAAAAAUUAGCUGAUAUGACAUAUCAACGAGAAAUAUUACAAACAAAACUUAAUUCACAACUUCAAAUCGAACGUGAAUUAACAGUACGUUCACAAGAUGAAGUACGUCAACAAUUAUCACAAAUUAUGGAAAGACAACAUCAAUUAGAAAAUGUUAAUAAACGUUUAAUAUCAAAAUCUAAUGAAAUAAGACAUAAUUUACAAAAUAAAAUUUUACCAACAGAUGAAGAAUAUAAAAUUCUUAGAUCAACAGAUAUGAAUUCUGAACAGAUGUCACUUAAAGAUUUUAUUAUGAUAAAAUUUUAUGAAACAGUACGACCAAUAGAAAUUGAAGUUGAUAAUUUAAAAAGAACACAAAAUAUAUUAAACAAUCAAUUAUCAGCAAAUGGACAGGAUCUUAUACAAACACAAAAAGCUUUAGAUGAAGAACGUCGAUCAUCACAUAUUGUUCAUAUGCAAUUACAAAAAACAACAGCUGAAUUAAAUGAAUAUAAAAAUUUAUGUGAACAAGCUGAAUUUAAAAAACAAAAUUAUGAUCGAAUUAAAUCAGAACGUGAUCAAUAUGAACAUCGUAUUGUUGAACUUGAUCGACAAAUAACACAAAAUGAAUUACAUAUACAAACACAUAUAAAAGAAAAAGAAAAUUUACUUCUUCAAUCAGCUGAAUCACGACAAGAAAUUACUGUUCUCCGACAAGAUAAAGAAUAUUUAACACGACAAUAUAAUGAUAUACAACAUAAAUUUUAUUCAACUGAAGAAAAAAUUUCAUCACUUGAAGCAGCUCUUGACGAUACAAAACGAGCUAAAGAAAUUCUAUAUGAAAAAUAUAUUUCAACUAGAGAUGCAUACAAGAGUGAAUAUGAAAAUAAAUUAUCUAUUGAAUUAGAACAACUUCGUUCGAAAACAACAGUUGAAAUUGAAAAAUUACGUGAAAAUAUUAAACAAAUGUAUGAAAGAGAAAAUCGGUCAUUUCAACAUGCACGUGAUGAAGCUAUAGUUGAACGUGAUCGACAUGUUCAACUUGAACGAGAUUUACAACGAAAAUAUGAUGAAGUAUUAACUGAAUCUCGUCAAUAUCAAAGUACUAGUGAAGUUCGUUUAGGUGAAUUACAAUCUGAAUUAAAAUUAAGAACAUUUGAAUUCGAUCGCUUACAAUUAUUAUACGAAGAAAAUUUAAAAUUAUUAAAAAAUACCCAAAAUGAAACUGAAAAAUUACAAAAAAAAACCGAUUUAAUACAAAAAGAAUAUUUUAAUUUACAAGUUCAAUCGGAUCGUCGUGUAAUGGAAAUUGAUACUGAAUUAAAUGAUAAACGAACUAAAUUACAAGUUUAUGAAAAAGUUGAACAAGAAUUAGAUGAAGUAGUUAUGCAAGCUGCACAAGUUGAAAAUGAUGGUGAUGCAAAUAAAAUUUUGUUCUCCUAUGGUUAUGGUGCAUCGUUACCAACAUCAGCCAAACGACGUCUUCAACAUUCAGUUCAUUUAGCUAAACGUGUUAUUCAACUUGAACAAGCGAAUACAUCAUUACGUUUAGAAUUAGAUCGAGAACGAAAACAAAAAUCUAAUAUUCAUCAUGAGUUGGAAAAUGCAAAUAAAAUAUUAGAUCAAGCUCAACAGCCUUAUGAUUUUCUUAUUGCAAGCAUACGUAAUAAAGAUGUACAAUUAAAAAAAAUACAAGACACUAUUGAUGAUCUUGAAAAACAACUUAAAGAAUCAGAAAAUGAUCGACAAUCAUUAAUUAAAACAAAUAAUCAAUUAACAAAAGAUAUUGAGAAAUUAUUAGAAUAUCAAGAGCCAUUAAAAGUAAUGAAAAGUGUUAUUAUGAAUUUACAACAUGGAGAACCACAAAAAGCAACAACCCAUCGUUCACCAUCACCGCCAUUCAAUAAUAAAUAUCGUUCAGUUACACCACCAACUCUUCAAUCAAAACGAUCAGUUAGUUUUACUGAUCCAUUUAGCCAACAUAAUAAUCCACCACCAAUGGUUUUCACAUCGACAAGUAAUGCUAGAAGUCCUUCAUCAAAUGUCAAUCGAGGACCAUCUGCAUCCCAACAAGGAAAAUAUCGAACAAUAUAUAAAGUGACAAAUAAUUAA